UAUGACAAGUGUAUUUACAAAAACACGUGGUAAAGUGUGUACAUAUACAUAUUUAGAAAAUUUGACGAUAUUUAUAUUUCUGCUAUCUUAAGAAACGUUGAUAUUUUUUUGAGCACAUUACAACAACCGAUUUAACGAAACGACAUUGUUGCAAAAGAUUCUACAACAAUUGAGGAAUAGUUAAACUAUUAAUUAAUUUAUUUAAUUGUUUACAUUUGUAAACUAUUCAUUAUCGUCAUGGCCGAGCCAAUUCUUGAUAAACGUUUUGCACAUAUUGCAAGGGAUCCCAAAUUUAAAAGGAUACCAAAAAAUGAGCGUAAAAUUAAAAUAGAUAAAAGAUUUCAAAGUAUGUUUAAUGAUGACAAAUUUGCAAUUAAAUAUACGGUUGAUAAACGUGGUAAACCUAUUAACCAAACUUCUAUGGAAAAUCUUCAAAAAUACUAUCAGCAAAGUAGCAGUGAAGAUGAAUCAGAUACCGAGAUUAAUACGAAAACAAAAAAAGGUGGAAAAAAGGGAAUAUCAAAGAGUAAUAAUAAAAUAAAACAUGAUGAAAUUGACGUUGAUAUUCAGAAAGAAAAAAAUGCUACAAAAUCAAAGGAAGAUAUUGACGAGAAUCCAUGUACCGAUAGCUCGUCUUGUACACAUGAUUUGGAUGAAGAAUUAAAGGAAAAUGAAAAACAGUUGCAUAUAAAAAAGAAAGAUGAACAUUUAAAACUAACUAAUCAAAUAAAAGAAAGAUUACAAGAUCUUUCUGUUAAUUAUGCAAGGGGUGAAGGAAUUUUAGCAACCGAUAGUUCUUCGGAUGAAGAAACUUCCGAAUACAGUGACGAAGAGGAAGACGUAGAACAUGGUUGGGGUGAAUUAGAUAAAGAUGCAGAAACAACCGAUGAAAUAACACGUAGAUUAGCUGUUUGCAAUAUGAACUGGGACAGAAUACGUGCCGUAGAUCUGAUGGUCCUAUUUCAUUCAUUUUUACCAAGCGGUGGUAUUAUUCAUUCAGUUACGAUCUAUCCAUCAGAAUUUGGUUUAGAACGUAUGAAAGAAGAAGAAAUAAAAGGACCGGUAGAACUGGUUGAUGAUAAAAAAGAAGAAGAAGAAGAAGAAGGUCACAGUGAAAGUGAUAACGAAGAAGGCUCGAGUUAUCAUAUGGAAAAAUUAAGAAAGUAUCAAUUGAAUAGAUUAAAAUAUUAUUAUGCGGUAUUAGAAUGCGAUUCUGCUGAAACUGCUAACAAAAUUUAUACCGAUUGCGAUGGUAUCGAAUAUGAGUGUACUGCAACAAGACUAGAUUUGAGAUUUAUACCUGAUGAUAUGACUUUUGAUCAGGAACCACGAGAAGUGUGUACAGAAUUGCCAGAAAUUUCUAAAUAUCAACCACGUCAAUUUGUUACUACUGCGUUGCAACAAGCAAAAGUACAAUUAACUUGGGACGAAACAAACCCAGACAGGGAAGAAUUAGCAAAUAAGCUUAAUUCUGGAAAAGUUAAUGAAAUAAAUGAGAAAGAUUUGCAAGCUUAUUUAGGUAGUGGAACUAGCGAUGAUGAUACAGACAAUGAAAUUGAAAAAAACGGUAAGCACGAAAGAGAAGAUCAAGAGGAUUCAGAUACACCUAAUGAUCCCAUCGAAAAAUAUAAAUCUUUGUUGAAACAAUUGGACGAAGAGGAAGAGGCAAAAAAAAAUAAAGACGUUGAAUUAGAAUUUACAUGGGGCAUUGGAACGGAAGAAAAAGAAGAUAAGUUAGCCAAGGAUAAAUCAAAUAAAAUUGAAGAUUUAGCUCCAUUCGAGAAAUAUUUAGCAAAACGAAAAAUCAAACAAAAAGCUAGAAAGGAAGAAAUCAAAAAACGGAUGGAAUUACAAGACGAUGAUGCAUCGAAUUCGGAUAAUUCCGAUGUUAAUAUUUCGAAGAAUAAUAAACUGAAAAAUGGCCGGUUAUCGCGUAAAGAGCAACAAAUAACUGGAGAAAAUAGCGAUGAUGAUGAUUCUUCAUUUAUGGAAAACGAAGAAACAAAACGUUCGAAAGAAUUAGAAUUACUUUUAAUGGAUGAAACCGAGAACGAAAAUAAGAAACAUUUCGACAUGAAUAAAAUUGAAGCUAAUACCAAUUUGUCAAAAUCUAAGCGCAAAAGAUUGAAGAAAAAACAAAAUGUACAAAAUAUCGAGGAAGAUGAUUUUCAAGUAAACGUUAACGAUGCCAGAUUUUCUGCGCUUUUUACAUCGCAUAAUUUCAACAUUGAUCCUGCAGAUCCUCAUUACAGAAAAACCAAAGGCACCGAUACUUUAAUUCAAGAGAAAUUAAAAAGAAGAGCUGAACAUAAUCCUGUUGAUGAAAAGGAAGAAAAGAUGCCUCCUGAAAAUAAUAAAAAAUUAAAACUAGAAUUGCAAGCAUUAGUCAAAUCAGUUAAGAGGAAUACCAAUACCAUCUCUAAACCAAUAAAACGAUGACCAUUGUGAUUAUAUAAUUUGUUAUUUAACUUCUUCGAAAUAUUAAAUGCAAUUUAUUAUUAUUUAAAUG